AUGGCUUCACCUUAUGAGAAGAACCCAGCCUCUCCUUCCUCUCCGUCGGGCUACUUUGAUGUGCAGCGAAAACCCAAUGAGAUUGAAGUGCAGAGUCCAACUAGCGACCGAACGUUCAUGGAGAAAGUCCGCGUAGUAGAUGGUUCCUCUUCCUCGCCACCCUCAUGCAAAGAUCAACCUCCACCAGAGCAAAAGUACACCAGGCAAUGGUUCAAACAGUCCUGGAACUCUGCAAUACAUGUUGGGAGACUUCCACGAGCAGUAUAUGGUGCCAUUGGGCUCUGUAUCGUUAUAAUCUGGUUUGGGGUAAUGCUAGCGUUCAACAAGGACGAAGAGAAAUACAAGGGGAAUGGUGGACGUUCACGAUCCUCCCAGACACAUGGAUCAUCAGUUCCCCAGACCCAAACGCACGGAUUAAAUCAAAACGGGAACGGACUGUUGGGUUUAUCAGGAAGCUAUAUUCAAUUCGACGCGAUGAAGCACACACUCACAAUAACCUGGUCGGGUAUCUAUCGAAGGGACAACAAAUCCGACUGGGUGCCACUCGGGGAUAGAUACGACUCCAACAGCGCCUCCUUUUAUGUGCCUUUUGGAAUUUACAGAGAUGUGGAUGCCCUUCCAUGGGAUUUCCUCUGGAAUUCAACGUCAAAAGAGAUUGCUCAAAAUGGCACCUUCUUCCUGCUCGAGACCAGCUCAGAUCCCGACCUUACCGUUGGCUAUAUGUACCGAGUCGAUAAUCUCACAGCACCUCCUGUGGGUUACGUUGGCAGCCACAAGUGGGAUUCAUUCGACACCGAUAUUGGUUUUGUCCAGACUGAGCGUGGCAAUGUCUGGAAUGCCCCACUUGUAAGCUACCCAUUCGACGUAUGGGAGGGAUCCAUUACAUUUUCUGCAAGCGACACCUUCCAAAACACCUAUGAUUACACUCCGGGCGGAAAUGUGUUCGGACUGGACGCGAUCCAAAUGAAGGACAGCACACUGAACUGGAGGUUCAGUUUUGACGCUAACAACACAUGUGUGUCUCAGAAGCGAUGGGAUUGGACGGACCUCUCGACUUUCAGCGACGCCUGUAAUAUGGAGAUCACCUUCACUGCUCGAAGACCUCCAGUGGUCAAAUUCGCAGCUGUUGCUGCAGUAAUCGUCAACUGGACGUCGGCUUUGUUCAUCUUUGUGCUCACAUGCGAGGCAAUAGUCAUGCGACGAAGAUAUAUGCUGGAAGGAACGGAUAUUCUUUCCGUAUGCUUUACUGCUCUCUUCGCACUUCCUACCAUCAGAGCUCUCCUGCCUGGUGCUCCAGAGUAUGGUGCGACUCUUGACUUGGUCGGCGUGCUACCUUGCACUGUGCUUGUGGCAUUGUGUACUGUGGCGGUCUCGAUUGCGAAACUCAACAAGCGCAAGCACGCCGCCAUGGAGAACCAAGGGUAA